ACGCACUCUCCGUGCAGUUUGUUCCGCACGCUUCUUGAGCCUUGUGUGGCUCGAAGGGAGGGAGCCUGCUGCUCUGGUUUCCCCGGGUCAUGAGCCCCUCACUCCGACCCCAUCGCCCGGGGAGCCGAGGGGCCGGAUGGAGCAGCCUCAAGUUGCAACCGCCCUCGAUGCCUACCAGCCUGCCGUGCCUGCGCGGCCCGCCUGCCUUUACACCAGCUGCUACUGUGAGGAAAAUGUCUGGAAGCUUUGCGAACACAUCCGAAGCCAGAAUCGGUACCCUUUGGAAGAAUUUUAUGCCGUUUUCAUUUCCAAUGACAGAAGGAUGGUACCACUUUGGCAGCAAAAGUCAAGAUGUGGAAGUCAGCCAGUGAUCUGGGAUUACCAUGUUAUUUUACUUCAUGUCUCCAGUGGAAACCAGAACUUUAUUUAUGACCUCGACACGGUGCUACCUUUUCCAUGCCCUUUUGACACUUACGUUGAAGAGGCCUUUAAAUCUGACGAUAUUCUUGAUCCUAAAUUUCGAAGGAAAGUCAGAGUGGUCCGAGCAGAUAUGUAUAUGAAGACUUUUGCAUCUGACCGGUCCCAUAUGAAGGAUGCCAGUGGGAACUGGCUACAGCCGCCCCCCCCAUACCCGUGCAUUGAAACUGCAGACUUCAAGAUGAACCUGGACAAUUUCAUUAGUAUGAAUCCAGACGUGGGAUGGGGGUCCAUAUUGCCGCUUCCUGAAUUUGCGCAGGGGUUUGGCCGGAGCUGAUUGCGGCUCACAAUGAAGGACAGUGAAAUCAUUCCAGUUGAAUCGUUGCUUUGGCGACGCUUGCCAGUCUAUUUAUUGAUUUUAAUUUGUCAGAAC